ACGUCAUGACGUGACAUUACAAAGAGUGAGCUCCAACAGAAUGGAUUUCCCCGUGGAGGCAACAGUACAUUUGAAUAGUUUCCCCGAUAAAAACAAGGUGAGACAAAUCCUCAGGUCAAAUGGCUUCGAGUUGAAAGAGAUGGGACGCGAUCAGGUGCGCGUCAACGGGUCGUUUCUGAAACUUCAAGCAGUGAAGGCCUCUUUGGAGCAAAACCUUUAUUUACAAUCUAAAACAGACAUCGCUCCGUCCUCACCGGCUCUGAAGGUUUCCUCUGGAGCCAUUCCCAAACGCUACGCCAACACUCAUGGUACUACAGGCCGAUCAGGAUCCCCCAAAAAGCCUCCACAUGCUUCUCCAUCUUCACCCACAAUUAUGUCACCUUUUGCAUCCGGAUCCAAUCGUCCGAUCUCUCCAGAGCACGGGGAUUCUUCUUCUCCAAGGCCGGACCGAGGUGGCUCCUUCAGGCCGGGAAAGGAAUCCUUUCUGGUUGAUGCCGAUGUGUUUUUGUACGCAGAGCAGCUCAGGAAAAAAGACAUUGACUGCAUCCUGGAGGGCCAUAAUGUCAAAAUGCAAGCCGAGGAAGAUACUGAAGACAGCUGCACGAUCACUUUGAUGGGAAAGAGUGCGAGAAUAGCUGUGGGGAAACUCCAGAGUCUCCUGGAUGAUCUCGGAAAAUCACUGCGCACUCAGGAGGUUCCUCUGAGGGACCUGGAUCACGAGGGCCGAGAUCUUUUAGAGCGCAUUCGGAAACAUAAAAACAUUUUUGAUUCAGUGCUCGUGCGUGAGAAAAGUGACCGACUCCACCUCAUAGGAGGGUCUGGUGAGAGCUACAGCUUGAAGCAAAGGCUGCUGGGGAAAUCGUCUGACCAGUCAGGACGCACCGGGAGGACGCUGGAUAGAAACUCCAGAGGGAGAAGCAGCUCUUUGCCACCGAUCAGUCGCAGGAACACAGAAAUAGAAAGGAGUGCUAACGCUAAUCAAUCGCCUGCGGGUGCUGCGGGCUACUCUCCGUCAAAGUACCAGGAUGAUGAACAGAAACAUGUCGGGACCGAGCGGGCAGCUGCUACUCGUUCUGGUUCAGGCAGAUCUUUUAGAUCUUUUGGGAGAAGAAGCCAAUCAGAGUCCCGCAAAAAACCCAAGCCAGAGAAGACGAAUGGACCGCUGCAAGAAAGAGAAAACAAUCGAACUCCUGCUAAACCACCCAAGACAUUCAAGCAGUUACUAACUGUAAAGACAGAAGAUGUGAAGCAGAAGUUUAAAAGUAGGUGGAGUAUUGGAAAGAAAAAAUGAGCCUGGACUUGACAGCACUGAGAUCUUCUUUUUCUCUAUUUUUGACCUUGAUAAUUUUUAUUUGAAGUUUGAAAUAACAUUACAUAUGAAACUUAAAGGCUUUAUAUUAUAUUAUUUUUUUGAUCCAGCAGAUGUCGCCCUUGAGCACCAGCAUGAAACCAAAACAACUCGCGCUGCAUUGUUGUGUUAGCAUGCUAAUGCUAGCGAUCUUUAUUAUGCUCGUAUCUUCACACUGCAUGUAAAUUUACCUGAAAUGAGCGUGAUCUAGAAACACAGUUAAGCAGUGAGUACAGUAUGUUAUUCUUCUUUUCUCUAGUCCCUCAAUUAAACAACUUUUAUACACGAGGGGAGGAGUCAGCCGGCCGUCCGGGCGAUGUAAACAAACUGAAGAUAGGACUCUGAAAACAUCACAGACAGUGGGACUCGGGUGUUACACCCAUUGUAGACAGUCAUGACUCACAGAGUUAUUUUCAGAGGAUAUACUUGAUUUAUAUUAUAUUUAAGUGUGAAAAAUCACAUAUAAAGCCUUUAAGUUUGUUAGAAAGCUACAGUCUUCUGUCCUUUGUUACACUUUCUUUGUCAGCAUGUCGGUUCAUUAUAAGUGCAGGAGAUGGACAGAAGACUUCUUAUAGAUGACAUCAUUUAAAGUUAGUUUUGUAAUUUGUGUUUAACUCUAACACACUAAUGUCAUACUCGGUGUCUUUAUCCAUUUUGUCAAUAGAUUGAAUAUUCAAAUCCCCAUCACGGUUUCUUCAGGUCAUGCUGAUGUCCUAAAGCGGCCCACGGUCCACAGCCAGCCCCCCCCCCCCCCCCCCCCCCCCAAAGCUUCCUAUCCGACCCCCAGACUAUAAAUAACCUCGGGUGAUUAAACUAAGAACAUAAAAUUAAAAUCACAAGGCUGAAAUACUUGUAUGAGGUAAAUUAGAGAUUUUACAUUUCUCCUCUGACACCAGCCUCUUCACAUAAGGCUUGACAUCUGUCAGGCUUAUGUGCAUACAUAUUUUAAAGUCCCGCCCCCACGGUGUCUAAGGUCGAAAGGUUCUAUAGCACUGAGCCUCAGCCGCCCAGAUGUUUGAUCAACAGUCCUAAACUUGUAGAUAAUUAAUUCAGUAUAAUGUUCAGAGGAAAAGUGGAACAUUGUCACAUUCAACAUUUUGCAAAUUUGGUUGCAAAUACAUUUUCAUUCAUUUGGCUGAUCAAAUAAUCGAUUAAAUGUAUCUGUAGGUGUGAUUAUAGUUUUUCAUUUUCGUAGCACAGACGAAUCAUGACUUUUAUUCUUCAAAAAGAAACGUUUUCAAAUCAAGCAACAACCUCCGGUGUUUAAAAAUGAAGCCAAUAAAAAGGUGCAAAAUCCUGCAGUUCUUAAAGGGUCUGCUUGAGGCUGGCUUCAAGAGCCCCAGUACUCACAUACACACACCACAUA